UCAGACUUCUGUGCCUGGUAAGGGCGUCGUGGGAAGUGGGCUACAGUUGGCUGAUGCAAACAAAACCCAGGAGGUCCCAAGAGCUUUCGGGUAUGUACACGGCAAAGGGGUCAUCGGUCUCAGCUCAAAAAAAACUCCCCACAGCCGACAGCCCAGUACACAAAGCAGUUUUUCCCGAGGAAGGAAAGGAUGAUGGGAGAAGACAAGCAACUACAAGCCCCAGCAUGCAGUGCGCACUUUGGCUGCCAGAAAGCGGCCUGCGGAGCGGCUCUGACCGGCCGCGGCCCGAGCGCGAGACCCGGACGGUUGGCCGACCAGGCGCUGAGAAUGAGGACGCAGGCGGGGCGCUGCGAGCGAUCCCUGGGGUCUCCUGUCUUUGACGCUCGCUAUUUUGGGGAGGGGGGCCCUGGCAUGUAAGGUGUCGGCGUGAAGCGGGGGUGUGGACCGGCCAGUUCAGCCCCGGCUGGUGUGGGGCCUCCACGGUCCUAAAGCCUCCGGGGUUGCCAAGGGGCUCCCGGACCCGGAUGUGACGUCGUCGUGGAGGAAGAAGGGAAAGGCGGAGCUGGGCGUGGUGACGUCCUCUCAAGAUGGCGGGGAGAGAGUGAAGAAACAGUGUCCCCGGCUGGGUGGCUCUAGAACAAGGGUAAAUAAAGUUCCACUCUGAUCUCAAAAUGCAGUAUUCGCACCACUGUGAGCACCUUUUGGAGAGGCUGAACAAACAGCGGGAAGCAGGCUUUCUCUGUGACUGCACCGUCGUGAUUGGGGAAUUCCAGUUUAAAGCUCACAGGAAUGUGCUGGCCUCGUUCAGUGAGUAUUUCGGUGCCAUCUACAGAAGCACUUCCGACAACAACGUCUUUCUGGAUCAGAGUCAGGUGAAGGCAGAUGGAUUUAAGAAACUGUUGGAGUUUAUAUACACAGGAACUUUAAACCUUGACAGUUGGAAUGUUAAAGAAAUUCAUCAGGCUGCUGACUAUCUCAAAGUGGAAGAGGUGGUCACUAAAUGUAAAAUAAAGAUGGAAGAUUUUGCUUUUAUUGCUAAUCCCUCUUCUACAGAGAUAUCUAGUAUUACUGGAAACAUUGAAUUGAAUCAACAGACUUGUCUUCUUACUCUACGAGAUUAUAACAGUCGGGAGAAAUCAGAAGUGUCUACAGAUUUAGUUCAGGCAAAUCCUAAACAAGGGGCUUUAGCAAAGAAGUCAUCUCAAACUAAAAAGAAGAAGAAGGCCUUCAACUCCCAGAAAACAGGGCAGAGUAAAACAGUGCAAUAUCCCAGCAGCAUUUUAGAGAAUACAUCUGUUGAAUUAUUCCUAGAUGCAAAUAAACUGUCCACACCUGUAAUUGAACAGGUUGCACAGAGAAAUGAUAAUUCAGAACUUGAGUUGACAUCAGUUGUGGAAAAUACUUUUCCAGCCCAAGAUAUUGUGCAAACUGUUACAGUGAAACGGAAACGUGGAAAAUCACAGCCAAACUGUGCUCUGAAAGAACACUCUAUGUCCAAUAUAGCCAGUGUCAAGAACUCUUAUGAGCUGGAGAGCUCUGGGGAAGAGCUGGAUCAGAGGUAUUCCAAGGCCAAGCCAAUGUGUAACACAUGUGGGAAAGUGUUUUCAGAAGCCAGCAGCUUGAGAAGGCACAUGAGAAUACAUAAAGGAGUCAAACCUUAUGUUUGCCACUUGUGUGGAAAGGCAUUUACCCAGUGUAACCAGCUGAAAACACAUGUAAGAACUCAUACAGGUGAGAAGCCAUACAAAUGUGAAUUGUGUGAUAAAGGAUUUGCUCAGAAAUGCCAGCUAGUCUUCCAUAGUCGCAUGCAUCAUGGUGAGGAAAAACCCUAUAAAUGUGAUGUGUGCAAUUUACAAUUUGCAACUUCUAGCAAUCUCAAGAUUCAUGCAAGGAAGCAUAGUGGAGAGAAGCCAUAUGUCUGUGAUAGGUGUGGACAGAGAUUUGCCCAAGCGAGCACAUUGACCUAUCAUGUUCGUAGGCAUACUGGAGAAAAGCCUUAUGUGUGUGAUACUUGUGGGAAGGCAUUUGCUGUCUCUAGUUCUCUUAUCACUCAUUCUCGAAAACAUACAGGUGAAAAACCAUACAUAUGUGGUAUUUGUGGGAAAAGUUUUAUUUCCUCAGGAGAGCUCAACAAACACUUUCGAUCCCAUACAGGGGCAGAUAAAAUUCUAGAUACUAGUAUAGAGGAUCAUCCCUUAAGUGAACAAGAUUCCAUACAAAAAAGCCCUUUAUCAGAAACUUUGGAUGUGAAACCUUCUGAUAUGACUUUGCCACUAGCCCUUCCACUUGGGACUGAGGACCAUCACAUGCUUCUGCCUGUCACAGAUAAUCAGUCUCUGACAUCAGACACAUUGUUGAGGUCAACUGUGAAUGGGUAUUCAGAACCACAAUUGAUUUUUUUACAACAGUUAUACUGACUUUGUGAGGAUUAUGGAAUUGCUAAAACAUCUCUGGUAGUAAACAUAAACAUCUCUGGUAAGGUGCGUAUAUUCAUCUUAAAUUAUCAUUUAUUUGAGUUGUGGCCAUUAUUCAUUCACUGAAGUAAAGGCACCUGUUGCUAUAUCUCAUAACUGCAAUGCUUGUUUUGAGUUUUGGCUUUUAUGUCAGUAGCACUAUUUUGGGUGGUUAAGUUUCCUUAUCUUUUAGAGCUGCCUAAAUUCCAUUUUUAUUUUGCAUUUUAGACUUGCCUUUCAUUUAUUGAAGUGGAAUCUGUCAGUUUAUAUGAUUCAGUUUUGACCUGUGGGACUUAAAAUUUUUCUUCCCCUCAAAAUUAAAGUAAAAUCCAUGAUGGUAUCAGCACAAGAGUAUUGCUGUUACUAAGCUCCAUAGGCCAAUACAUAAACUAUGAGGGAAAAAAUAAAAUUUCAUAUUUCUGCCUAAGAAAAUUUAGAUACUGAAUAAGAAUUGUGCUAUAUCUCUAUUAAUAUAUUCCAUUGGAGAUAACUUUUUUAAUGAAACGAAAAAUAUUUCUCUUAAAAGCUGGAAAAACUGUAUAUAAAUUCUUGUUUAUUUUAGAACUCAGUAUUCUGGAGAAAACCAAUGGUCAGUACCUUUGAUUUGAGUUAACUGACAUUAUAUUUUCAAAAUAAAUUUAAAUAGCUAUUUGGUAUUUUUACUUUGUUACAAGACAGUUUCAAAAUUUUAUUCAGGUUAUGUUUUAAUAGGUUUCUAGAUUAUUGAAGAUGAGGAAAAUAUACUGAGUUUUUAAAUUUUUGAAUAAGUUUCUCUUAUACCUGUUGUGCACUUUUAAAAUAGAAAAUUCUAAAGAGAAUUUUCUAAAUAUAAACUUAAUGCAUACUAUAAAUCACUUGGUUUCUGAAUUUGAUACAUUAUAUUACAUAGAUUUAAGAAAUUUAACUUCAGUUAUAAGUACUAGUAAACACUUGAAUUAUCAGAAAGCCAGUUUAUUAAACAUUUUAUAUUUGAGUGUUCUAUAAGUUUUGAGUUUGAAAAUUUUAUAAGAAACCACAACAUUUGGUGGUGGUUUGUAGCUUCACAGUCACCCUUUUCCUUCCUAAUGAAUAUAAAAAAUCAGUAUUAUUCUGAUAUCUGCUACCACUCUUCCCCAUUCUACUUUUCCCACACACUAGUAUUGAUUUAUUUUACUGCCUGAUCUUUGAACAUUAUCAGUUUCAGAGUCAGUUCCUGUACCGCUCAUCGAACACACCUUGGUGACAUUAUAUUUUAUUUCUGCCAUACAUUAGUUGUGGCUUGUUUUGGUUUUAAACUACAUCUAUAAUAAAGUUAUGUUUUCUAUUGGUA